GUUUUGGAAGAAAAGAUGUAGUGGAACACUUGCUGCAGACGGGAGCCAAUGUCCACGCUCGGGAUGAUGGCGGCCUGAUCCCUCUUCAUAAUGCCUGUUCCUUUGGUCACGCGGAGGUAGUCAGCCUCUUGCUGUGUCAAGGUGCAGAUCCGAAUGCCAGGGACAACUGGAACUACACUCCUCUGCAUGAAGCUGCUAUCAAAGGCAAGAUAGACGUGUGUAUUGUUCUGCUGCAGCAUGGAGCUGAUCCAAAUAUUCGGAACACGGAUGGGAAGUCAGCCCUGGAUCUUGCAGAUCCUUCUGCAAAAGCUGUACUUACAGGUGAGCAGUACGAAGCUGGGUUGUUCAGCAUACACAGUCAGUCUUUGCGAUGA